CCCACUCUUUAACCUCAGUCGUCAGUCUACUCUUUCUGUCUUUGCUGAAUCCCUCAAUGGAUUCAGCCUGAUUGAUCGUAAUGAGUUCGGGGAGCUCAAACAUGGCUGGAGGUGCCCUGGGAACAGCCUUCUCUCUCCUGCUCCUUACCUCUAUUAUACAAGGGCUCCAGGAUGUUGAGGUGUUCCAUUAUGAAAAGAUGGAGGCAGUAGCGGGCCAGAACGUUACCUUACCCUGUGUUGUAAAAGGCAGCGUCGAUCUCAAGAUUGUCAGUGUGGAAUGGCGUAAGGGCCAAGACGAAAAGCUGGCCCUGUACGGCAGAGGCUUUGGUGUCAAUAUGUUUUGGCCUAAUCUCACCAUGCAGAUUGAGAACACUUCCAUGAGCUACUACCUGCAACUUUAUGAGGUAGCAAAAUGGGACAGUGGACUCUAUAUUUGUGACAUUACAAGUUUCCCAAUGGGCUCCAUCAGGAGAGAAACAGAGCUAGAGAUCAAAGAUGAUGUUACAAUAAUGUGUGAUGUGAACAGCACCGUCGAGGUCCACGCCGGAGAAAAUGUCACCAUUCAGUGCAGAGCGUUCUCUGAUGUACAGUAUAAGUGGACCAAGAACAAGACGCUGGUGUCAGAGAAUGAAUCUCUGGUGCUCCGGUGUGUGACUGAUGCUCACACCGGGGUUUAUACACUGACUGUCAACACAGGAAACAAAAGUCUGCAUAAAGAGUUUAUCAUCACUGUGCUAACAGCAACUACAAGCUUGAGGACAGAUCUCAUGACAGUGCCACCAUGGUCUCAUGUAACCAAGGAAGGUUUGAUAAAAACAACAGACAGUAACCUCACCACAUCACCAACCACUGGGCUUUCAACCACUGACACCAAUGUAACUUGGACCAUGAGUAUGGACACUGACCGAACAGAUGAUCAUCUAAACCAAAGCAAUGUCACAGCUGGAGAGCAAAUAACCUCUUCAACAAAUUCUACACCUAUCAGUGUCACAUCAUCCCGUGCCACUAACACUGACCCACAGCACCUCAGCAACUCCACUGAUCAGGAGAACACAUCCAGCAAUCAAUCCACAACAUUUAGUUACACAAAUACGGAGGUCAGAUCAACACAGGAGACAAGAAAUGAGUCCAUGGGCGGCAAUCCGGGUGCAACCCCUACUCUGAGUACUGGAAAUACAACCGCAGUCAUUGAGAAUGAAGAUACUGGUGUUGCACGGAGUCAUCUUUUGUUGGUGUUAAUCAUCGUUCCAAUCCUGGUAUUGAUUGUUGCCGCUGCCUUUCUCUACAGGAGACGAAUUAUGAAGGGGAGGAUGGAUCUACCGCCUCCGUUUAAACCCCCUCCUCCUCCAGUCAAGUACACAUCUGCAAGACACUUUGAGAUUUCUUCACAGCCUUUCCCCAUUUCACGGUGUAACUCUGUGACAGAAUUGAGGGAUAUGAAACAAAUGUUUAUAAAUAUAUAAUGUCUAUUAGAUUGCACAAUGAGAGCACGCAGUAAUCGCAGGGACAUAAGCUAUAUCCUUUGUUGCAUGCAGAACUAUAGAGUGUCUUACUUGCAGUUGUGGUCAGUUUCAAAGUGCACUUAUAGCUCAGUUGGAGGCAGGCAAAUGUACAAAUGCAGGCUGUGUGUAUAUCUAAAGAGGGUGUGGUGGUUUUUAUGCUAUUGUGUUUAAAAUGUUCUGUUUUACUUUGUGGAUUAAAUGUAUCAAAUUUCACCGUAAAGUUUGUGACAUUUAGAAAUAAAAGCUACUUUGAUUUGACUCUGAA